UCAAGCUCUUGAGGCCUGGGUUGCAGACCGUUCCUGUCGAUCGUCGAAUUAGGGAGGAGGAUUCGUCAGCUCUGCGUCUCCAUCAACAGGGGAGAUACCAUGUACUUGAGUAGGUUGGUGCCGGGGUAUAAAUUGGCCCUUCUGUGCCUGUUGAUCCUCCAGCAGCAGCAGCAGCUCGUCUCAAGCCUCCUCUUCUCUUCUCUCUACAAGCCACAAUCCCUUCUUCACAUAACCCCAAACCAAGUAAAACACAAUGCGUUCUCUCCCAUCCACCUCCGUGACCCUCCUCACCACCCUCCUCUCCCUGGGUACAACAACAACCGCCACCCCUAGCCCUAACUGCGCCAACAGCACCAACCCCUACACCCUCUACCCGGUGACCACCAACAUCACGAUCCCCGAGAUCGCCGCGCGCACCAACCGCAGCCUCUGCGACAUCGCGCGCCACAACCUGAUGGCCGACCCUCUCAUCCCGCCCAACAUCGGGCAGACCAUCGUCAUCCCACCCCUGAGCUGCGCCUCCUCCCCCCCGGACAACGAAUCCUGCCUGAUCCCCAACCUCACGCGCACGGCGCUGUGCAUCAACGGCGGACCGCGCCUCUACUACACCGUCCACGGCGACACCUACGACAUCAUCGCGCGGCGGCUGAACAUCUCCACCGCCGCGCUGAUGGGCAACACCUCCACCUCCACCGCCGAGGCCUCGUCGGCCGACGCCCUGCUGGAGGUCGGGCAGUUUAUCAAGGUGCCCCUGUGCGAGCCCAGCCAGUGCAGCAUCAAGCCGUUCACGCUAGAGUACGGCGUGUACAAGGACCUGGCGGAUGAGUAUGGCACGACCGUGGGCCAGAUUAUGAUGCUGAGCCCCACGUAUAAUUACAGUACGUCGCUGAUGACCGGGAACACGCGGCCGACGCUGGAUUUGCCGUUCAACUGUUCGGUUACCGGGGAUGAUGUGGUGGUGGUUGAUUAG